AGUGUCUUCCUGCUGAUCACCGGCUUGAUAGCCAGGCAUGCAAUCUGUGUCACACAACCAGUGAGCAGCACAGCCCUCAGUCACAUCUCAAGAGACCCGAAGUUGGUUUUCAGUCCAACAAAUCACAGUUGUACUCGUUUAAUGUCCGUCGUUUCAGUAUCGCCACGGAAUUACCAAGGGAAAAGCUACGUUUGACCCAUCGGAGCGAGCAGGAUGGAGUGGCAACCAGAUGAACAAGGUCUGCAGCAAGUGCUCCAGCUACUCAAGGACUCCCAGUCUCCAGACACAGCCACACAGAGAGCUGUGCAAGAAAAAUUGGAGCAACUUAACCAAUUUCCAGAUUUCAACAACUAUCUCAUCUUUGUCCUGACAAGCCUCAAAUCUGAGGACGAGCCCACUCGAUCUCUCAGUGGCCUGAUACUGAAGAACAAUGUAAAGGCUCACUACCAGAACUUCCCUCCCAAUGUGGCUGACUUUAUCAAACGAGAAUGCCUCAACAACAUCGGAGACCCUUCGCCCCUUAUCAGAGCUACAAUCGGUAUCCUGAUCACUACCAUUGCCUCCAAAGGCGAGCUGCAGACCUGGCCUGAACUGUUGCCGCAGCUGUGCAAUUUACUGAACUCGGAGGACUACAACACUUGUGAGGGUUCUUUCGGAGCUUUGCAGAAGAUCUGUGAAGACUCGUCAGAGUUGUUGGAUAGUGAUGCACUGAACAGGCCACUCAACAUCAUGAUUCCCAAGUUCCUGCAGUUUUUUAAGCACUGCAGCCCCAAGAUCAGGUCCCACGCUAUCGCAUGCGUGAACCAGUUCAUAAUUGGUCGAGCUCAGGCUCUGAUGGAUAUUAUUGACACUUUCAUUGAGAGUCUCUUUGCACUGGCAGGUGAUGAGGACAGUGAGGUGCGCAAGAAUGUCUGCAGGGCCCUAGUAAUGCUGCUGGAAGUCCGCAUUGACCGCCUCAUCCCGCACAUGCACAGCAUCAUCCAGUACAUGCUGCAGCGGACCCAAGACCCAGAUGAGAAUGUGGCUUUGGAGGCCUGUGAGUUCUGGCUGACUUUGGCUGAACAGCCCAUCUGUAAAGAGGCCCUGUCCGGCCACUUGCUCCAACUCAUCCCAAUUUUGGUGAAUGGGAUGAAAUACUCUGAGAUUGAUAUCAUUCUUCUUAAGGGUGACGUAGAGGAGGAUGAAGCGGUUCCAGACAGCGAGCAAGACAUCAAACCUCGCUUCCACAAGUCUCGCACGGUCACUCUGCAGCACGAAGGAGGGGAUGGUGAGGAGGGCGAAGACAUUGACGAUGAUGAUGACGAUGAUGACGAUACUCUGUCUGACUGGAACCUACGGAAAUGUUCUGCUGCGGCGCUGGAUGUUCUGGCCAAUGUGUUUCGAGAGGAGCUGCUUCCUCAUCUCCUUCCCCUGCUCAAAGGCCUGCUCUUCCAUCCGGACUGGGUCAUCAAAGAGUCUGGCAUCCUGGUCUUGGGGGCCAUAGCCGAAGGAUGCAUGCAGGGCAUGGUACCUUACUUGCCUGAGCUCAUUCCCCACCUCAUCCAGUGUCUAUGUGACAAGAAGGCCCUCGUUCGUUCCAUCGCCUGCUGGACCCUCAGCCGUUACGCUCAUUGGGUGGUCAGCCAGCCCCCGGACGCACACCUGAAGCCACUUAUGACGGAGCUCCUCAAACGGAUCCUGGAUGGCAAUAAGAGGGUACAGGAAGCAGCCUGCAGUGCUUUUGCCACCCUGGAGGAAGAGGCGUGCACAGAGUUGGUACCUUACUUAAGCUUCAUCUUGGACACGUUGGUGUUUGCUUUUGGGAAGUACCAGCACAAGAACCUGCUCAUCCUUUAUGAUGCCAUAGGAACACUGGCAGACUCUGUCGGACACCAUCUGAACCAGCCUGAGUACAUCCAGAAGUUGAUGCCUCCGCUGAUCUCAAAGUGGAAUGAGUUGAAGGAUGAAGAUAAAGAUCUCUUCCCAUUGCUUGAGUGUCUGUCAUCUGUAGCUACAGCUCUGCAGAGUGGCUUCCUCCCCUACUGUGAGCCCGUCUACCAGCGUUGUGUCACUCUUGUCCAGAAGACUCUGGCACAGGCCAUGAUGUACAGUCAGCAGCCAGAUCAGUAUGAGGCACCUGACAAAGACUUCAUGAUCGUGGCUUUGGAUCUCCUGAGCGGCCUGGCUGAGGGACUGGGCGGUCAUGUGGACACACUUGUGUCUCGCAGCAACAUCAUGACUCUGCUGUUCCAGUGCAUGCAGGAUACAAUGCCUGAAGUAAGACAGAGUUCUUUUGCCCUACUCGGUGACUUGACCAAGGCUUGCUUCCCUCAUGUCAAACCAUGCAUUGCUGAAUUCAUGCCUAUUUUAGGAACCAACCUGAACCCAGAGUUCAUCUCUGUCUGCAACAAUGCGACCUGGGCCAUCGGAGAGAUCUGUAUGCAGAUGGGUGUAGAGAUGCAACCGUACAUUGCUAUGGUUCUGAGCCAGUUGGUUGAGAUCAUAAAUCGACCAAACACCCCUAAGACCCUACUGGAGAACACAGCAAUCACCAUUGGACGACUGGGCUACGUGUGUCCCCAGGAAGUCGCACCCAUGCUGCCUCAGUUUAUCCGACCUUGGUGUACAUCACUGCGCAACAUUCGAGACAACGAGGAGAAAGACUCUGCUUUCCGUGGGAUUUGCAUGAUGAUUGGCGUGAACCCUGGCGGUGUAGUGCAGGACUUCAUUUUCUUCUGUGACGCAGUCGCUUCUUGGGUGAACCCCAAAGAUGAUCUGAGAGAUAUGUUCUAUAAGAUAUUGCAUGGUUUCAAGGAGCAGGUUGGAGAGGAGAACUGGCAGCAGUUCUCAGAGCAGUUCCCCCCUCUGCUAAAGGAACGACUGGCAGCCUGCUAUGGUGUUUAAAGCCUCCACACGCAUCCAAGAGGCGAGCCAGCAGGAGGAGGGUGAUUGGGAAACUCAUCCAUCUGUGUAUUGCACUGCCCUGAUCUGGGGGGAGGGAGGGGACGCUAUUGGCCGCUCCCCCGCAUGGACGGCCCCCACGCCCUUAUGUGUUUGUCCAUAGAGGGAGGGUGGGCGGGAGGGGAUGGGAGGGACAGGGGGGACACCUCUAGAUUAACUAGGCAGGGACCCGACACAGAAAAACUAACCGGUAGGGACAGCGAGAGGGACCUAGAGACGAGCUGGAGGGAUAGAAACAGGAAAAGUACGAGGGAGGCAGGGAUAGAGACCGGCAAAGAGAAGGUUCAGGGAACGAGAGGGAGGGACUUCAUCAAUAAGGCAGGGAAUAAAAGCCACGGACUUGUCUGUCUGUUACUUGGUUGGGAGGAGAUUUUAUCAGGAUUCUUAAUUGUAAGAGUAGCUUGACCAAUCAGACAUUUACAGACUCACUAAACUCUUAUUGCACAUGAUGCUGCUCAUGCAGUACUUGGAACUGACUGUGGGUGGCACUGUAUGACUUUUUACAACUUAUUGCAUGCAGUUAGAGACAAGACUAUUACUACUUUUUGGUGACUUUUCCAGGGGAAUAGCAUUCAAUAAGAAUUACUUCAUCUGUUGCCACCAAAUCUUUGCUUAGCUAUAAGAUAACCAGGCCAGCAAUGUUUUUCGCCAUCAUUCGGACUCAGCGCUGCUUCACACAACUAUCCAUUGUUGACUAUUCUUGUCAGCUUUUCUACCUGAUGUGAAGAGAGAGAGAGAGAGAAUAGGCUCUAUUGGGUCUCUUUGUGGCUUCACAGACACCACUCCUCCAUGAAGGGAGGAUUAGGGCUAACAUUAGAUUUUCUCACCAAAGGGUAGGAAAUCGUAGAGAAAGAAUUACACCCUUGAUUGUCUUAGUGAGGGUUAAUUGCGUGUAUAUAAAUGUUUGUGUUUGCAUGUGCAGUUUGUAAGCUUGUUAGCGUUUUCUGUCCACUAUGCGAAUUUUGUAUUGUUUUUGGUACUGAGCUUAAACUUGACUCCCACCACAAUGUCCUUGGCACCUGUUAACUGUGACUGUGUGUGUGUGUGUGUGUGUGCGUGUGUGUGUGUGACGGUGUGUAUUAAGUUCUACAUUUUUAUUGAUUUCCAUUUGCUGCCAUAAUAACUUUAAACAAUGACUUUAUGAUGUUUCACAACUGGUUCACAUUAUUUUUAAUUUCUUUUUGCUGCUACCAAUGUCUUUUGUUAUUGUAAGAUUACAAAGUCGUCAUAAUUAGCACUAAGGCUACUUACAGUUAAUGUUUUUGCACUUUUAUUUGACCUUUUGUACAGAUGUAUUAUUUUCAAUUGUUCCCAUAUAAUGCGUGUUUAUCCUGUCAGUGUUUUGUCAUUCCGCACUGUGAACUUAAGUGUCUUUUGAAUUGCAAAAAUAAGAAAAUAUCCCAAUACUAAAUGGCAAAUAAAAUCAACUUUGUGAAA